AUGCAGUCUCAGGUUCCAUCGGAAUCGUCCAGUGAAUACUUAAAAGUUUUGGUUGCAAGCGAUUUGCAUGUUGGAUACGCAGAAAAAAAUCCUAAAAUUGGCAUGGAUUCCUAUCGCACAUUGGAAGAAGUGCUGCAGAUUGCUCUCAACAAUAACGUCGAUUUUAUUCUUCUAGGUUGCAUUCGGCUGCUUCAGAUCAGUUCUACGUUCUAUAAUGAGAAAAUGGGAAUGGGAACUGCUAGGAUGAAUAAUUUUAUUUUGGGUGGUGAUUUAUUUCAUUACAAUUCGCCGAGUCGAUUAUGUACUCAUCGCGUUAUUCGUGUAUUGCGGCAAUAUUGUUUCAACGAUCGACCAGUUUAUAUCCAAUUUCUUAGUGAUCCGACCGUUAAUUUCUCUCAUAGUGCAUUCAGCUGUGUUAAUUACGAGGAUAUGAAUAUAAAUGCGGGUCUACCAAUUUUCACAGUGCAUGGAAAUCAUGAUGCACCAUUUGGCGGUGGAUAUACAGCCCUCGAUACUUUACAUGAGUGUGGUCUUAUAAAUUUGUUCGGACGAUUUGACAGCAUUGAUAAUUUUGAAGUUGUACCAAUUUUGUUGCAGAAAGGAAAAACAAAAUUAGCCCUCUAUGGAAUUGGACAUCAGAGAGAUGAUCGGAUCUGUCGCGCCUUUCGAGAAGAAAAAAUACGAUUUUUACGUCCUCAAGAAGAUACUGAUUCUUGGUUCAAUAUUCUUGUUGUCCAUCAGAAUCGUCCUCGACGUUCUACCGAUCGCAGUACUGGAGCUCAUUUGCCAGAAAAUCUUAUACCGUCAUUUUUUGAUCUUGUUAUUUGGGGUCAUGAACACGAGUGUAAAAUUGAACCUCAAUAUUAUGAAAAUAAUCCAGAUAUUCAUGGUGAUGGAUUUUAUAUAAUGCAGCCUGGUAGCACAAUUGUAACUUCGUUAUCACAAGAAGAAUCUCGACCAAAACAUGUCUUUGUUAUUACCAUCAACGAGCGAAGUUUUAUUUCAACUCCGUUGCGAUUGCAAACAGCUCGCCCAUUUCUUUUCGAUAAUCUCAUUAUUGACCAUAUUCCUCCACAAGGAUGUAGUAAACAUCAUCGUUUGGAAAGAAAUAUGCCGGAUGAAAAGGCAGUAAUUGAAAAAAUAGAAAAGAUGCUAAAGCAGCAUGCGAGCAAUGAGGAAAAUCAGGAACUACUACCAUUAUUGCGACUUCGAGUGCAUUAUCCAGAAUCUUGGGAAGAUGUUAAAAAAUUGGAUAAUCGCAGUAUAUGGAAUCAUUUUACCAAAUCUGUUGUCAAUGUUUCUGAUAUGAUCGUAAUUAAGACGAGUUCGAAAGUGAAAGGAAAAAAACAUAAUGCAGAGUUGCUUAGACACAUUGAGAAGGCCACGACUGUCGAAGAAAUUAUUGAGGGUCAUUUUAAUGAUGUUAGCAAAUCUUGUCGUCUUAUGGUUUUGUCAAGCUCAUUAUUGAAUGAUCACAUGAAACACCAAAAUGAAAACGAGCAUAAACGGAAUGUUAAGCAAGAUUUACUUGAUUGCAUUAGAGGAGAAAAAGAACGAUUUGUAAACGCGUUAUGCAAAGGAUCUUAUGGAAUAGAAGAUAUGGAUAUUUCAGACAAAAAAAAUUUGUACCAUGAAAUUGAAGAAAAAUUAACUGCUGAAGUGGAGAAAGCUAGAGAGUUAAGAUGA